UUUCAGGGCUGCUGGCCGUUUAAGCACGCUCCCAUCUGCUCCUCACCCAUCCUGACAUCCAGAGGUUACACCAACCCGUACUCCAUCCACGAAAAUGCGUUUGUUGAGAAGAAACUGGUAAAGCUCACUCCGCGGGUGUCGCACGCGCGCGCCGGAGAGGCUGCGGGGCUUUUGUAUUAGCGCCUCCGUGGAGGUGGAAGGACGGGACAGCGGAGCAUCGACCGAGGCGCGUCCGGUGCGUGGAUUCUUUAAUUGGAGGGUAAACAGGCCUGCCGCGGUGCCCCGUCCCCGGUGUAUCCUCUCAUCGCAGAGAUGCUGCCCUGCCUGCGGGGCGUCCUACGGCCCGCCUUCUCCCUGACAGCCGGGAAUGGACUGGCCAGAGCCGGACUCAGAAACCGCAGAGGAGUCGCUGUGGCACCCAAGCCGGAACUCUUAAUGCUGGUCCAGCGGCGUAACCUGGGCACGCACUCGCAGGAGUCCGUGGAGCCCCUCAACUCCCCCCGCGGAGCCAAGGAGUUCAUCUACAGCCUUCACCCGUCGGAGCGCACCUGUCUGCUGCGAGAGCUGCACAGGUUCGAGUCCAUAGCCAUCGCACAAGGGCAGCUGGAGGUUGCACCGCCCACUGCAGCCCAGUUAAGAUACGUUUUGCUGCAUAAUGCACUUCCCUUUGUUGGGUUUGGAUUCCUGGACAACUGCAUCAUGAUUGUUGCUGGCACACAGAUCGAGUUAUCCAUUGGUGUCAUUCUGGGAAUCUCAACUAUGGCAGCUGCUGCACUGGGGAACCUGGUGUCUGACCUGGCAGGACUGGGCCUUGCAGGCUACGUGGAAGCUUUGGCAUCUCGGCUGGGGAUGCAGAUUCCUGACCUGAGUCCAAAACAGGCAGACAUGUGGCAGACCCGAGUUAGCUGUCACUCGGGUAAAGCCAUUGGCGUGGGCAUCGGCUGCAUCCUCGGCAUGUUUCCUCUCCUCUUCUUCAAGGACGACGACAACAAGAAAGAAAAGGCGAAGGAGCAAACGGUGAUACCGCCUGCUGCGACAGAGAGCAGCAAAAACUGAAGGAAAGAAGACAAAAGCGGUUCAAAAGCAUUAAUGGACUUUUCCAGGACCGUUUGGCUUUCUUUGCCGAGUGGAGUUCGUAGAAACUCGUUUGGAUUUUAAGAAGAAUCAGUUUAACCAUCCAAGAUAUUGUGAGGAGGGUUUAAGAACAUGUUUGAAAAAGCACAGGAAUCUGGUCAUCUCUUACAGAGGCAGGUUGGAACUGCUUACAUUUGCUUCAUAGUUUACAAAGUCAGGCUCUUUCAUCAACAGCAAAGGCUCCACCUCAUUUCCUAGUCUGAAAACCUUCACAAGUAUAAAAGAUUAACUAAAAACACGCUUUAUUUCUGUCAAAGAUAUUACUCCUCAUAAAGGAGAUAUGAACAAAAACAAACAAGCAAUGCAAUUAGCCUGAUUCUGUGUUAAAAAUGAAUGCGUUGUUCUGUUUGCUGUUUGGUUCUCAAGGUUCUGCAAACUGUUCUCAUUUUGUAAAGCAUGCAGCUGAGAUAACAGCACUAAAUGUUAUUUUUAAAUAGUUGGAAUGAGAGCAGUAAUUGAUUGGGAAACAUUCACAACCCUUCAAUGGAAGUGCUUUGCUACCCUCUGGUACUGCUUCUUACCCACCUGUUCACACACAAAUGAACCCAAACCACCGGAAGGAACCACUGAAGAAGGAUUCAGUUUCAGACACCUCAGCAUGACUGGGGUAGCCAGGAAUCAAACCACCAAACUCUUACAGCAGGGAAACGACUGGUCUACCUCUGAGCCAAAGCUACCCACAGAGGAAAGGAGAAGAAAUGCAUGCAGGAGGAAGAAGAGGUAAAAGAUAUAAAAGGGGAAAAAAGCAACGCUGAACCUCCCAACACCCUCUAAGUUUUAUCAAUAAAUCUCAUGUUGGAGUUUUCUUUUAAGGAGAUGCUUCAUAACGCACACCUUCCUCCAAAUCUUCCAUCACAAUGCUGCUUCUACUGCCCUCUGCUGGUUGAUAGACAUGUGGCGCUUGAGAUGCGAUGUUUUUCUUUGUAGAUUUAUUUAUAUUUGUCUGAAUAUUAACAUUAUAUUGUGUUCCUAAUUUGCCUUUGUUUAUUAUAAAAUAUAACUGUGUAGAUUAAAAAAUAGUGAUCAGCACAAAGUGGAUCUACAUGAGGGUUACUUUCAGCAUCUUUCUCAAACUGGAGGGCCUUGCUACCGACUCUCUGCAAAGGGACGCAUUCCAUAAGAUUGAUCAGGAUUUUGGCUUUGUCAGAGCAACCGACUCUAAAGAGUGACUAUAAGUGAAGAAAAUGUACGAAGAAAUCAACAUAUUUAUGGAUUUAGGAUUUUAUUUAGGUCUGACUGAUUUUACACAUUUGCAUGCCUCUGUAUUCAAAUUUGAAAAAUAAAAUGAGGAACAAUG